UAGUCCAACAACUCUGGCAGUGCUAUAGGUGUAGAGGCGAGUGGGGCCAUCAACAUCAUGGCUACAUUCAAAUGUGUGAAAAGCAAAAAAGAGCGGUGGUUGCUAACUCGGAAAACAUGGCGCUACAUGGCCGACGCAGGUCGCAAACUGAUCCCCGAAGGUGCCACCAACAAGGACGAAGACCUGCCGGCCAUCGAGGCCAACUUCCAGGAGGUCUGCAAGAAGGAGAAGAAAUUCCUUUUGUGGCGCAAAAGUUCGUACCCGAGUGCACUGAAAACGAGCCGCAGCCUUCGGGCGGCGCCCAGGCCCGGAAAGGUCAAGGAUCGAGCCGGCUCGACCACGGAACUUGAACUGGGCAUUAUUAGUGCGCGUUUGAGGGGCGCGAGAAAUAGUCUGCCAGGCGACUCCCUGGAGGAGGAGCUGAAUGAGUGGGUAGACCUUGAUGCGGCGGGACCUUCGAGGCGGUCAAAGGUGGAAAAGAAACCGCAUUUCUGGAAUAGACAGAAAAGCCAAAAAGGGAAAGGGUCGUUCGAAAGUGUGCGGAGUUUGAACGUCGGCCAAGAGGAAAAGGACGUGCGGAAAUCCGUGCCCACGGAAGAUCAGGGCACAAUGACCAUUGACCGGAAUAUCAGGUACGGUGCUGGAAACCUACCUGUGGAGAGCAGCCCUGACAGGGAGCAGGUGCGCCUCAGGCACGUUGAUAGAGAGGAAAGGGAUGGAAAGACUGACAGCAACAGGGAGUCCUGGUUCAAGGGCGCCAUCCGCAAAAGUGAAACUGCCCUUCACGACCUGCACCAAUCCGCAACCUCCAGGUUCUACCGGCCUUCCACCCGCAACCUGGAUCGUUCAAUUUCCGUAGACGAAACAAAUCUUGAAACUUUAGUCAGCGAUGAUGACGAUGAUAACCUGGGCUCAGGGCAGCAUUAUUCGUCUAGAAAUUACAACCUGAGGCACAAUCUAACCCUUCCAGGGCUCUCCCUCUCCCGACCUGGGAACUACCCAAGUUCAGGGCAAAUUCAACCGAAGGAGAGAGCCAUCGCCAGGCGAACUGGCAAAAGCGACUUUUUCAGUUUCCAGUCGCACCUGGCAAACUGGCGGCACAGCCCUUCAGAUGAAACGAAAGGUUUCGUACCUUCUUCUACUUCCAGUGCGGGUAGCGGCAGCAAAGGAGGUUCAGGUGGCAGUGGAUACCACCAUGGUUCUGAGGGCGGGCCCUCAAGUCCCAAAUCCUUUGCAGACCUGCGGCCGACGCCGUCAACGUCAACGCGUGACACGCAAACCUACGAGUCGUUCCGUUUCGCCUUUAAAACCUCCGACCUGAAGACGACCUUCAAGGACAAAAAUGUCACCCCGGCAACGGAGGAAGAUAACAAGUCUGAGAGAGCGCCGGUUUGCCGCGCCAAAAUUUGUGAUCAAGGAGUGCAAACGCUAGCAAUUAGUGACGCAAUAAUGGCCAUCAUAGAUCUCAAAAUAAUCCACGAGCCGAAAGAAGCGGCUCCUGAGUCAGGUACGCAAUCUCCGGUGCCGCAGGAGACGACCCCGAAAAACGCCUCACAAACACCCUCGCAGACCUCCACGCCCCGGAGGACGAGCAUUGACAGGGGCAGCACCGUCGACGACUGCAGCCCCUCCGUAGGUGACAAACUGAUGCGCUACCUGAAAAUGGCGCGCAAAAAAAGUUCAGCCGACAAACCUGACCGCUUCAAAACGGUCAACUAUGACCGCAACCUGCGCUUCAUCAAGGCCAAAGGGCCGAUUGAGGACGAGAAUGAAAAGGGUGUGCAGACAAACGAGAGCUGGCUCGGUAUGCCGGAAGACCCGAAUUUAUUUGAGGAAUCGGCUAUUUUCAGUUCCGAUUCAUCAGAUUUGGGUUUCUCGAGCAGGGACAGUUUUGACGCCGGCGAGAUGUCACAGGGUCAGAGUUUUCUGUCACAACUGUUCAGCGGUCUGCAGCACGCAGCAGCAAUGCAGAAGUCCAAGUCCUCAUCGCACGUCGGUCACCACGGAUCGAGAUUAAUGGCCAAGAAAAUUUGGAGGACGCGAUCAAAGAGCCAGAGCCGAGCGACUCCAUCGUCGACGUCAUUGUGGACGCCGCAGGGUCAAUGUCGGUGGACGAGUGUGACGGGGAGGAGCGUCAACCUGCUGGGAUCGUCGCUGCUGCAACUGUCGGAAAUCGAGAGGGUCGUCCUUCAACAGGUGGCCCUGGCCAAACUGCAGCAGCUCAACUUGGGAGUCAGCAUUCGCGUGCCCGCAGACGAAAGCACAACCCCCGCCGCGAAGCCGAAAAGAAGGCCGUAUCUUUUGAAGAGGAAAGCGCUCACAACAGGCUUCUUUGACACGGGCAGAAAAGAUGAAAACAAAGAAAAAGAUGGUGCCAAUUUGGUGUUCGGAAUUCCCCUGGUGCAGUGCAUCGCCAACGACCGGCUGAGCGAGGGCAGGACCGAGCUGCGGAGGCGGUCGCACCACGGCAGCAGAACCAGUUGCUCCUCGCUGGCCGAGGCGGCCAAGCCCGAGAAGGGUGGGUCUUGCGAAUCGCUGCCGGCAGGUAUUCUGGAAGUGGCUUCGGACGACGAUCCAAUCUCGCCGUCGGUGCCGCACCUCGUCUCGACCUGUUGCAACCACAUAUCAAAAUACGGUCUCUCCACCUUGGGCAUUUUCCGCGUGAGCAGUUCCAAAAAGCGGGUCCGACAGUUGAGGGACGACUUUGACAGCGGACGCGACGUGGAGAUGGCGGCCGACCUCUGCCCACACGACGCGGCCGCGCUGCUCAAGGAGUUUUUCCGAGACUUGCCCGACCCGCUGAUGAGCAGAGAACUUUACCCGGCCUUCAUUCAGACGCAGCGAAUAAGAAAUCGGCGGCUGCAACUGGAGGCUUUGUGCCACUUGGUGCAGCUCCUGCCCGUCGCCAACAGGGACACGCUCGCCACCCUUCUCACUUUCCUCAACAAUGUGUCGCAAAACGCCGGUGAUAGAAAAAACGAUUCAGGCGAGGUGGUGGCCGGCAACAAAAUGGACAGCACCAACCUGGCCACUCUGUUCGCUCCAAACAUUCUGCACUGCUUCAAGCAGGGCGCCAAAGAGGUGGACAAACCCGAGGAGCGCUCUGACGCCAUCAACGUGACGCGAUCUCUAAUUGAUCACCACGCCGAAGUGUUUGAAGUGUCCGCCGAGCUGCUGGACGAGGUGUAUUUGCACAUGAUGGACAGUCACCCAGACACUCUGGACCAGCUACUGAGGAAGCUCUGCUACGGCAGCGACGAUCUGGCUGAUGAUGGGGACAACAGCGUUUUCGAAGGCAGCGAGGGUGGCUCUUCGGUGCCGCGAACCCCCACAGAAGGAACUCUCACCCCCGUCUCCAUAACAGCAGAAGACCCUCAGAGGGGCUGGGCUGACUCACCCAAGAAAGUGUGGACGCGAGAAGAGUUCCUGCACGAAACGGCCGGCAUGGGAGGACCAGACUUGGGAAACAAUAACAGGGGACGCGAGCGCUCGAAAAAGCGCGGAAAGGAGGAGGAAAGCACCUCUCGCUGGUUCCAAGGGUCGCGGAAGCGAGAAAAAAGUUCGUCCGAGGAAGGCCGGCGGCGUCGGUCUGGCGGCAGCGAACCCGCAACCCCCAUCACAAGUCCACCCACCCUCAGUUUUCCGUCGUCCCGCUCGCCAUCGUUGGACGCCUCGGGCGUCAUCACUGCCAGUCUCAAGAUCCCGUUCAGCCUGGACGAUAUUCCUUACAUUGAAGAUGAGAGGACCACGAGAAGCAGGCCGAGCACCGAUUCGGCCAUCGGAUCAACCCUCAGCCCUGUGUCUGGCGCUAGUUCACCCUCUGAUGAGGGAAUUUCAGGACGAAUCCUCAUCCCAACCAAAGUCACGAUAGAGCCAAAGGAAAAAGAAGAGCCGAGCAAAACAAAAUUGAUGACCUCGUCCGAGUCAAAGUUGCAGGUGGUGACCUCGGGGUCGAAGGUGACCACGACCCUGCACACGGUGCUGCGCAAGGUGGAGCGGACGCCGUCGGCCAAAGAGGAGAAGAAAAAGUACACGCGGCGGCGAUACUCGGACACGCGCCACCAGACCGUCAACUUUCCAGACGUGGAGGCGCUCGAGAGUGCGGGGGCCGCGCCCGCCUCCGACUCGAACCGCGCCUCGCAGAAGUGGAAGCGGCGCGAACUGAUCGCCAGUGACCCCAAAGAGCACGAGACGUUUGUGUGAAUUAAUUAUUUUGACAACCAACGAGAUCCCAUCGCACACACACACGACUUUCCGAGUGACACAAGAAUAAUAAUGAACACGCUAUUUUUAUAUAUUUUGAAAAAUGUGCCGCCCAGAGACAGAAAAAGAAGAGGAGGACUCGUAGAAAAUAGUAAAUAUAUGUGACGCGGUGAUUUAUUUGGUGAUCUGUUUCGUGAUAUUCUCAGCAAAAAUAUGAUCAACUGCAAGAAAAAAGGAUUUUACAAAAAUUAUAAAUUUUUUGUGGAAAUUAAAUGUGACAAAAUUCAAUAAAGAGCAAAUAAUGAAGUCAAAUGAAAAUAAUAAACAAAA